GCAGGAAGUAGUAUGCAGCGCACAGGGCUGCAUUUAUGUGCAUCAGAUAUUUUCUUUUACACCUUUUCUGAGAUACUGUUUGCCUGUGAAGAAAGAGGAAUAAGGUGGUAUUUUAAAAGGAACAACUCAAAGUGUAACUGAUGAAGUCUACUGACAUACUAUUGUAAAAAUGAAGUCUGUUAAAGAGGAGAGUGAAGGCUUGAGUGAUCCAGAGCCAUCAAUAGUGAAACAUGAAGAUACAGAAAAACAAAGAGACUUGCUGGAAGUGAAAAUGGAAAGCCAAGAACUGAAAGAUGAAGUGGAGAAACAUCAGAAUGAUAAAUCUGAUUUAAUUUUUGAUGAAAAAUCUUCUAGUUGCUCACAGAUUCAAAAUAAUUUCUCACAAAAAAGAACUCAAAGAGCAAGAGCCCAAAAAUGUUUUACAUGCCAUCAAUGUGGAAUAAGUUUCAUGCACAAAGGACACUUUAAAAGUCACAUGAUAAUUCACACUGGAGAGAAGCCUUUUACAUGCUCUCAAUGUAGAAAGAGUUUCACAUUCAAAAGAAAUCUUAACACUCACUUAAAACUUCACUCUGGAGAGAAGCCUUUUAUAUGCCUUCAAUGUGGAAAGAGUUUCGCACGAAAAGCACACCUUCACAGUCAUAUGAUAAUUCACACUGGAGAGAAGCCUUUUACAUGUUCUCAAUGUGGAAAGAGUUUUGCAAUAAAAGAAGUUCUUGAGAGGCACCUGAAAAUUCACACUGGAGAGAGGCCUUUCACAUGCCCUCAGUGUGGAAAGAGUUUCACACAAAAAGGACACCUUAAGAGUCACAUAUUCAUUCACACUGGAGAGAAGCAUUUUACAUGCUCUCAAUGUGGAAAGACUUUUGCACUAAAAAGAGAACUUGAGGAGCACACGAGAAUUCACACUGGAGAGAAGCCUUUCACAUGCCUUCAGUGUGGAAAGAGUUUUGCACGAAAAGCAGUUCUUGAGAGGCACCUGAAAAUUCACACUGGAGAGAGGCCUUUCACAUGCCCUCAGUGUGGAAAGAGUUUCACACAAAAAGGACACCUUAAGACUCACGAGAUAAUUCACACUGGAGAGAAGCCUUUCACCUGCCCUCAAUGUGGAAAAAGUUUUGCAAUAAAACGGGAUCUUGAGAGGCACCUGAGAAUUCACUCUGGAGAGAGGCCUUUCUCAUGCCUUCAGUGUGGAAAGAGUUUCAAACAUGCAGGCUAUCUCACAAUUCAUCAGCGCUAUCACACUGGAUCUAACUGUGAUUAAAACAAAAAUAAAUAAAAAAAAGGAUGUGGGAAUCACAUCUAAAGGUACACCUAACAACUCAUGCAACUGAGAAGACUUAGUUGUGUUCUUGUGGUUGUGGAAAGAGUUUGACCGCCUCAGGAACCCUGAAAGCACAUGAGAGAGUGGAUACUGGAUAGUGAGCAAAAUUCAUCUUUAGGGCAGAGUCGUACCAGAAUUGGGGGGUGAUGGGUUUUGUGAAUGACACCCCCCAAAAAAGCCUUUUACAAUACGGUUUCGCAUGGAGUCAAAAUUCAAAAUGCACCCUAAUCCUUUACAGCAGUCAGUUCAGUUCACCACAUUAUACCCACAUAUCAGACUAACCAGAACAACAAUUCCCUUUUAGCUCCCUUUUUAUUUUUCCUUUUUUUUCUCCCCAAUUUGGAAUGCCCAAUUCCCAAUGCGUUCUAAGUCCUUAUGGUGGCGUAGUGACUCAAUCCGGGUGGCGGAGUACGAAUCUCAGUUGCCUCCGCGUCUGAGACCGUCAACGUGCGCAUCUUAUCACGUGGCUUGUUGAGCGCAUUACUGCAGACAUAGCGUGUGUGGCAGCAUCCACGCACAACUCACCACAUGCCCCACCAAGAGCGAACCACAUUAUAGCGACCACGAGGAGGUUACCCCAUGUGACUCUACCCUCCCUAGCAACUGGGCCAAUUUGGUUGCUUAGGAGAUCAGGCUGGAGUCACUCAGCACGCCCUGGAUUCGAACUCGCGACUCCAGGGGUGCUAGUCAGCGUUUUUACUCGAUGAGCUACCCAGGCCCCCCUUAGCUCCAUUUUAACAUUGCCUCUUUUCCCUAGUAAUGAAAAUGAGCAGUUAAUAUUAGCCAUUUUAUUUGAAUAUUCCUUUGUCCUUUUUUCUUUUUCCACUUCUGCUAAAAUAGACAAAAAAAAUCAGAUAUGAACUUAAACUAAAAAUCAGGAAAAUCAAAGACAUAGAAGAUUGAUACUUCGUACAUUUUAUGCUUAUAAUAAACAAAUACAUUUUACUUACUCGACUUCUGCUGUUGUGAACUUCGCUACAGAAUGACGAAGAGCUCGAGUUCAAACACUCAAUGCUUUUUUUCUUGUUUUUAGGGAAAAAAGUUAUAAGAAACUGUAUGUCAGUGUAUGAAGACUAGACACAUGGGGCAAAUCUUAUUUUGUGAUUUUAUUAUCUUGACCCAUGACCAGUCCUGUACUGUACGGUACUAUUACCAUCCGUAUAUUCACCUACGGGGGUAAGGGACCAUUUGAAAGUCCACCCACUGCACUAAAGCAUCGGUGGUUGAAAUGUGGUAACCCCAGCCUCUGCCUUGAAAGCUCAGCAUAGUUAUCCCUCAUUGCUUCGAUAUGCCGCGAUGCUCCCCUCACCCCUUUCGCUGAACCAUAUGAGAGGGUUGCACCAAACAAUUCUUUCACUAAACUCGUUAUCUUAUACUUUUAAAUCCACUGAGAGAAAUAGUAGAGUAAGCCUUCAAUAGCUUUUGGAAAGGCUGCUAAAAUGUAGUUUCUUCUCUUGUUUUCUAACAGCAAACACUUAUUUUCACUAAAUGUACUUAUAAUAAAUUCAGCUGAUCAUUCUGAAA